AUGGAGCGAGCAGAUUGAGGCCGCCACUGCAGCGCCGCCAGCAUGAACUUGGCCGCAAGCUGAAGCGGCGGGCGGCUGGCGGGCGCGGGGCCACCGGCCGCUAGCCAGGGGGUGAUCUUCAAUCCAGCUGGGCCAUUCGGCGGGCGCCUGGGGGUAGGCUGCCCGUGCCGGCCGCCGCCCGCCCCUCUGGCUCUACCCUGGCUGCCGCUGGAGCUCCGCAAAACGGUGCCCCAGAGGACGUUCAAACUGGGCGGAGGCAGCUGCAUUCCGAGGACGAAAGCCCUGUGUCUAGGUCGUUUGGGAAACGCCUUGGAGAGUCAAGAAUAAAAUUGCAGGUCAAACAAUGGAUGACUGGAAAAGUCGGCUUGUAAUCGAGAGCAUGCUUCCCCAUUUCAACAUGGUGGGAAAUCGUCAGGAGCCCAGAAAGCUCCAGGAAUCGGGGACAAGUAAGAGAAGACAGGAAGGAGACAGUUUCCAUUUUGCAGGCAUGGCUGAUGGGGGCUACCCUAAUAAAAUCAAGAGACCUUGCCUUGAAGAUGUCACUCUCUCCACAGGCCAAGGUGCCCACCCUCCUUCUCUCUCUACAGAGCUGCAAAUGCCCAUGUUAACCAUGAAUCCCAGCUCUGCAGAUCUGGGGGUGGCUGGACAGUCAUUACUCCUUGAGAAUACUCUUCUGGACAAUAAUGCUGUAAAUAGCAGUGUGAUGGCCUCACCAUUCGGGGUGUCGUCAACUGCAGACACAGGGCUGAAAGGACAUGCUGUUCCUUACUAUGAGAAAAAUAGCAGUAUGCCAGCCCUAGACCAAGAGCUUCAAGAUCUACUGGAUGAAUUAACCAAAAUUCAAGAGCCAUCUUCAAGUGAUCUUGACCUUGAGAAGAUUCUUGGGAGCAAGCCCGAAGAGCCUCUGGUUUUACAGCACCCCCAGGCUCCCCUUGGGCCCCCUGCCAAGCUUCCAGUUCAGAUGCCACAUAUGGAAAGCCUUGGACCUAGCAAGGAGUUUGCAUCUAGCUGCAGUCAAGUCACUGGCACGUCACUACCAGUCCUGCCCUCCUCCACAGGGAUCAACUAUUCCAUUCCUUCCACCAGUAAGCAGAUAGUCUCAUCCAGUUCUUCAACGGUACAGGCUCAGGUCAAAAACCAGGUCCAGAACAUGCUCCCUGUCGCUCUGCCUCCAUUAUCUGUGCCUCAGUGGCAUCAUGCCCACCAGCUGAAAGCUCUUGCAGCCAGCAAGCAGGGAUCAGCUACAAAACAACAAGGUUCCAGCCGCAGCUGGUCCAGUCUGCCUCCUCCAGGUCUCUCUCCACCUUACCUCCCAGUGCCCUCACCUCAUCCACCACCACCAUUCAGCCCACAGAACUUCACAGCAUCCUGCAUGUCAUCCAAUAGCUUGUCUGGCAGUGCUGUGCAAAACUCGCCCAAUGCCUUACUCUCUAGCAUGGCUCCCAGCAGCAAUGCUGCCCUUAGGCCCACCUUGCCCUAUGCUCCAGCGAAGCUCCCGGGUCUGCCUCUCAAUCAGCAGCCACAAUUCAGCCCCCAGAGCUCCAUUCUUGCCAAUCUGGUAUCCUCUACUGUCAAAAGCCCUCAAGGACACCUGAUAUCUGCCCUGCCAACCAGCACCCCAGGGCCAUCCCCACCCUACCGCCCUGAGAAUCUCUCAAGUCCUGGCUUGCCGCAGCAGUCCUUCACUCCACAAUACUCUCUGAUCAGGAGCCUCACUCCCACCAGCAAUCUGCUAAGCCAGCAGCAACAGCAGCAACAACAGCAGGCAAAUUCCAUCUUUAAGCCUAUGACCUGCAGCCAGCAACCGAAAACCCUGAGUAUGAUUAUGCAGCAGGGCUUAACAAGUUCCAGUCCAGAAGCACCUGAGCCCUUUACCUUCAGCAACACCAAGCCCUUGUCACAUUUUGUUUCUGAGCCAAACCCCCAGAAGAUGGCCUCCAUGCCUGCCCCCUCCAGGCAGCCAUCUCUGUUCCACUACCUGCCUCAGGCAACACCAGCACAUGCUCCUUCUGCCACUGCCUCCUCCACUGCCACUGCCACUUUGCAGCUCCAGCAGCAGCAGCAGCAGCAGCAGCAGCAGCAGCAGCAGCAACAGCAACAACAACAACAACAGCAACAACAACAACAACAACAACAACAACAACAACAACCUGACCAGUCUUCAUUCCUUCUGCAGCAGAUAAUGCAGCAGCCCCAGCGCUUUCAGCGCAUGGUGGCCUCUGAUUCCAUGCCUGCUCUGCCUGGACAGCAAGAGAAGCAGAGAUCAGGUCCUACGGCAAUGACCCCUAAACAGAGGAGUGUGUAUAUCACCGAGCAGAUGACUCAAUUUCAAGCAGAACAAGAACAAGUCAUCUCCAAGUGUAGGCCCAAGAUAAGACCCUCAUCCAACCAGCAUCUGAUGCCACCCAACACUGAGCUCCUUCAGGACAAUCUGAUUCUAAGAAUAUUACCACCCACAAGUCACAUGGGUGUUUUCUCAUCAACUCUGAAGAAGGAGCAAGUCAACACUGGCCUUCCAUUUCCCAUAUCCCCAGGCUCGGGUCAGGAUCCCCUAAAUAGUCUUGGCUCUGUCUGUGCCAAAGCCAAGGCCAUGCCCUUAGAAGUGCCCCUGCCCAAGCUCUGUAUCAGCCCCCUGGGCAACCAACCCUUGACUCCCCACCAACUCAGCCUCUCCAGUGUGCCAAUGAUGUCUUCAGUGUUCAGUAAUGCAGUCUGGACAGUGGGAGCUGCAGCUCUAGCCACAUCUGUUUCAAGGGAAUCACCCCUCAGCCAAGUAGAUAAUAGCAUGCUGCAGCAUUUUGAUAGCAACUUCAUCAUCUUUGCCAAGGUACCCACGAGUAUACCCCCAACAGCGCUAGCAUUUUCAUCUCAACAGGCUGUGGUCCAGGCCCAUCAGAUGGCCCCAGGAGCCAGUCCUGGCCAGAAGGUGCGUGCUGCUCUGGCCAGCCCCAGAUUGAGCCUAUUGGGCAAUCAGAGCCUUGUGCAGAGCCCAGCACAGGGACCUGUGCCUGUGUCAAGCACGAAGUCCCUACAACAGAGCAUGGCCAGCUGCUCUCCCAUGAGUCCUAUUCAGGGACUAGAGCCACCAAGCUAUGCAGCUGCUACUGCUGCCACUAGCCAGUCCCCAGGUACAUUGUUCAGAAUAGACACACCCCCUGAGCCACAGGACAAUGUCUUGCCUCAGGCCUGGUCCCCAACAGAUGGUCUGAUUUCACCAUCAUCUGCAGGCAGUGAGGUGGAUUUCACAGAAGAGCUUUUGGAUGAAGACUGGGUGUCCAACUUGAGGCUGAUAUAUGACAUUUUGGAACAGCAUGCUGUUGCCCAAAAUGCCACAACCCAGAAUGCUGACCAAGUCACCCAGGGUGCUGAGGAGUUAUAAAUCAAAGCAGGGUGCUCUAGAAAGCCCCAUGCUGUCACUCAAAGGAGUGACCUGAAUCUGCAGCCAACUUGAAACUGGCCCCAGUCACCCACACUAGGCUCCUAGUUAAAAUCUGAACCCUGACAGUACUGCUUAUCCCUCUAUCUACCUGACAAAUAAAAAGCUGGUGAUUUUUCAAGCUACUUGUACAUAUUUGAAAAUUUUGUAAAUGGUUUUCCUAAUCAUAAAUGACAGAAGUAUUUAUACUUGGUUUUGUGGCUUUGUAAAUAAAGUGGCGGCUUUGGUUUCAAUAGAGCUGUGUUUAUUAUCCAUUGUUCCAAAUACGCAGACUGUGUUGUUCGCUCCAGUGAUACCUUGCUAAACCAGGUGGCUGAGCCACUGAGAUUUUCAUGCCACGAGAGAUGUGAAUGUGACCAAGCGGUGUUGUGCAAACUGACAAAUGCCAAAUGGAAAGCCACUUGGUCAUUAAUUUCCACUCCAUUACAAACUGUACUACCCAGUGUGACUCUUAAUCUCUUGCAAGCCUUUAAGUCUCAGCUAGUUCUUUUCUAAUGAGCAUUUACAGCAAAAGUCAUGGUAUGGUUAAGUGUCCCACAGAGACACUCAUGAAAGGCCAAGAGUGUCCUUUAGGUUUGAUUAAGAAUGGUGCAGAGAUAGCCUGUGAGCUGAGCACUGUAUGAGCUGGCCACCUCAAGGAACUAGAGCGUUCCCUUCCCUUUGUCACCUAUGGUGACCUUCAGACACAGAGAAAGCCCCAGCAUUAGACAGCUUUGGUGCACCAUCACAGAGUGAUGCUUUAAAGUUUGCUUUAAAUCAUGUGACACUCAUUUUGAUGUAAAUCUCUUUGGUUUGGGGGAAAGUCUGUAAACAUUAAGAGUUGAUUUAGGGUUUGUCUUUAAUGGUUUCUAUUUGCGAUUCUUGUCAUGUAUAUUUAAAUGUUUGUUAGAGAAAAUCCACAUUCACUGUCCUGUAAACUUUUCUCAGUGUCCAGAUUUUGUGUAAUCACAUUUUAAUUGCCACCUUGUAUUUUGAUUCUAUAUUUGAAACCUGGCAUCUGUUUUGGGCCAGUGUUUUUGUUGUUGUUUUACUUUUUUCCUGUUUGUUUUCCUUUGUUCUGUAAUAAACA